CGAGCAGUUUUCUUCGAACAACUUGUAGUUUCGUUUUCCAGACAUAUUCAUACGAGGAGAAAGGCUUUUUCUUUAAAAUGUAUCGUAUCAAGUGGUGUAAAGGACACUGGUAAUGGCUGAAGGAAGGUAUAGCCGAGAAAGACGGCAUAAUAACGAACAGUAUAUUCCAUUUACCAAUUACUCAGCUGAAGGAAAUGAUGAUUCUAUUCCACAUAGACGCCCUUUCCGUGAAAGGUGUCAAAGUGCUGAUUGCCGACGUCCCCAGAGUGAAAAUGAAAGAAGCAGAAUUAGAAGAAGUAUAAACUACCAAGGCAAUCCUAACCAACAGAAGCAAGGUCAUGGUGGUGGUUGUGGUGGGGGACGAAUUCAGCAUGAAAGGGGCACAAGACGAAGUCACAGCCACGUGAGAAGACUAACAUACAAACAGCUGAUGGAACUCCAGUACAAGGAUGCAUCUGAUAUAGUAAUGCUAUUAGCUUCAGAACAAACAAGCUUUGCAUCAUUACUUAAUGCUGUAUCAUCUGUUAAUAUGAUGAGAGUAAUACUGUACCUAUUGGCAAAGGCUUGUGGUACAAAUUCUACCAGGACUCUUCUCUUUCAAGUAUUAACGACAGUGAAAGAGUCAAACUUUUUGGAGGAAACUGUAAAAGAUGCCUUAACAUCUCUUGCAGCAGAUACUUCUCCUGAUCGUGCCAGAGAUGACCAGCAGUUCUUAAAGAAUGUUCUGGUUUUACUUCAGCAGCUAUGUGUGUCGUUUCCACACUCAAUGAUCACGAUUCUUGGACUCAAGGAUGUUCUGAAGUUUACCAUAAUGAAACUGCAAAACACUGGGAAUGCAGGUAUUGUUGACGAUGGAAUUCUUGAAAUGAUGACUGCUUUAGAUGGUCUGAAAGGAAGCAUGUUCACGAAAAUACAAAGUGAAAGAGAAAAACGGAAAAAGUCUGUACAAGUUGAAGAAGAGCCACCAGAUGAUUUCCGUGAUUUGUCCAUAUGUCCAAUAGAUGAAGAUAUUCGUCCAGAUACACAUAAACCAUUCCUUAGAAAAAACAAAGUAAAAGGGGGCUACAAAGAUCUGAACCAAUACUUGGACAUCCAGUUCAGACUGCUGAGGGAAGACUUUAUAUGUCCAUUACGAGAAGGCAUUGAUGAAUACUUGGAGCCUCAAACAAUAUUCGGAAUACAAAAGAAUAGUGAUAUUAGAGUAUACAAUGGCGUUAGGAUCACAAAGACAGUGUGUGCUCGACGAGCACUACUGCACAGGCUUCAGUUUGAUGUUAGUAAGCUCAGGCAUGUCAGAUGGGAGAACUCCAAGCGUUUGAUUUAUGGAUCUCUGGUUUGCCUCUCUCAUGACAAUUUCAACACAUUUCUUUUUGCAACUGUAUCAGAACGUGAUUGUAGACUACUGAGAAAAGGCAUAAUUGAUGUCUCAUUUGAACAUGAUUUGCCAAAAGGAUUGGACGAUGUUAGCUUUGUGAUGGUGGAGACAACAGCUUUCUUUGAAGCAUAUCGGCAUGUUCUCAAAUGUCUCCAACACAUACAAGAAGGGCAGUUACCUUUUGAGAAGUACAUCGUUGCAUGCGAAAAUAUCAUAUUGCCACCAAAGUACCUCCAAAAUCAACGAGCUGUGAAGUUUGAUCUUAGACCCCUGAUGGAUGAAGAUUUUGUGAUCAGGGAGAAUGACACAUUUAGACAACAGCAUAUAGGCAUGGAAUACAUGUUUGGUUACACAUCCAGAGGUGCAAAAAGUGUUGAAGUUCUCGAUUUAAAUGGCUGGCCAACACCACAGCAAUUGCAUCUUAAUCAAUCCCAAUACAGGGCCCUGCAGGAAGCUUUAACAAAGGAAUUUGUUAUAACACAAGGACCACCAGGAACGGGAAAAACGUAUGUUGGGCUUAAAAUAGUAAAAGCUUUGCUUCAUAAUGCAAAUGUUUGGAACACAGAAGAACCUUCUCCAAUGUUGAUUGUUUGCUACACAAACCAUGCCCUCGACCAGUUUUUAGAAGGCAUCGAUAGCUUUUUUAGUGGUAACAUGAUUAGAGUCGGAAGUCGUAGUAAAAGUGAAAUAAUUUCAAAAUAUACACUCAAAGAAAAGAGGCAGGAAUUCAGAAAAUCUCGAUUUCGAAGUAGAGAAAUGGGACGUGUGCGAUAUGAAUACAUUCAGUAUUUGAACCAACUUAAAUGGGAUAUAGAACGGCAAAGAACACCAAUUGAACAUUCACAAACAGAAAUUCUUCAUGAGAAUACACUGAUGCCACAUAUGGGUAAGUUUUAUUAUCAACUUGUAACACUAGGAGAAAAACAAGGAGUUUGUCGGCAACAGUCUAGGAUGAUUACAUGGCUUGGCUUAGAUCAGAUGAUCGGUGAAGCCCAGACCGCAAUAGCAAAAGGUCCGGAUUUAGAUGAGCUGCUUGACAGUGAACAAAAUGAAGAUCAUGAUUACAUUGCUGUGCAGGAGGAAGCAGAGAUACUACAACAACAGAGACAGUUAGAUGAUGAUGAUGAUGAUGAUUACCUAAACCUAACGAAACACAUGGUUACACAGGUACCUAGGGAAAGGAAUCAGUAUGUAGCUGUCGAUGUUUUCAGCAUGACCAAUCCACCACUUGCUAAUGCACAGAUGACAGAUCAGUUCCAGUUGCAGAGACAUGCAAAAAAAGCAAUGAAAAGAAAAUUGUUAAAACAGUUGCGUGAAUCUAAAAGAAUGAGUGAACAGGAAAUGAGAAGAGUUGAGAACAUUUGGACACUGCCCAUGCCUCAGAGGUAUAAACUCUACAAAGCAUGGAUUCACGCACUUCGUCAGCACAUCCAACAGGAGAUAGCUACAAAAGAAACUACAUACAGACAUUAUGUCGACAUGCUCAAAGAAAUAGAUUUUCAGGAAGACAAGAAAGUGCUAGAAAGGGCGACUGUGAUUGGCAUGACAACAACAGGUGCUGCCAGAUAUCAGAAAAUCCUGUCAGAAAUCAGACCAAAGAUAGUAGUUGUCGAAGAAGCAGCUGAAGUUCUUGAAGGACAUGUUAUCGCCACUCUAAGUGAGAGCUGUCAGCAUCUUAUUCUCAUAGGAGAUCAUAAGCAACUGCGACCCAAUCCAAAUGUAUACAGGCUCGCUAAAGACUAUUCUCUUGAUCUAUCCCUCUUUGAAAGAAUGGUAAAUAAUGGAGUUCCUUGCAAUACCCUGGAGAUUCAACACCGCAUGAGACCCGAAAUAGCGAGCCUUAUGCUACCAAUCUAUCCAAAACUGAAAGAUGCUGAUUCGGUCAAGUUAUACCCAAAUGUGAAGGGUGUAUCUCAAAACCUGUUCUUUAUAACACACAACCAACCAGAGAAGCAUGACCGAGAAAUGGUUAGCCACUCUAAUGAGUUUGAAGCAAAGUACAUUGUGGAAUUAUGUUCAUACAUGCUGAAACAGGGAUAUGACAAAUCACAAAUAACAGUUCUUACUACAUAUUCUGGCCAGUUACUGACAUUGAAAAAACUAAUGCCAAAGCAUAUUUUUGAUGGAGUCAGGGUAACUGUUGUUGAUAACUUCCAAGGCGAGGAAAAUGACAUCAUUCUAUUGUCAUUAGUACGAAGUAAUGAGCAAAACAUUGUUGGAUUUUUGAAAAUAGAAAACAGAAUUUGUGUUGCUCUUUCUCGUGCAAAGCACGGACUCUUUGUUAUUGGAAACUUUGACCUUCUGUCACGAAAUAGUGAACUGUGGACAGAUUUACUCAAAGAUCGUAGAAUCAAUAAUGAAAUUGGUCCGGGUUUAAAAUUGGUUUGUCAGAACCACCCAAAUGAUGCUGGAUUAGAAGCAACAAAUCCUGAAGAUUUUAAAAAGGCACCAGAAGGAGGUUGCAUGAAGCCAUGUCAGUUCAUUCUUAAAUGUGGUCAUCUUUGUAUGCUCUCUUGUCAUCCAUAUGAUCCAAAACAUGAGAAGUACCAAUGCAAGAAGCGGUGUAGAAAACUUGUUUGCAGAAAUGGUCAUCAGUGUACAGGGCUGUGUUUUGAAAAAUGUGGGAAAUGUACAGUGAAAGUGGAGAAAAUUAUCCCUAGAUGCCAACAUAAACAGAUGGUGGACUGCUAUCUUGACCCUGAAGACUUUUCCUGUGAACAUGGAUGCACUGGGAUGUUGUCUUGUGGCCAUGCAUGUGGCGCUCCAUGUGGAUCACCUCAUCAGUGUUUGCCUGAACGACAAUGUGUAGUAAAAUGUGAAGCUACGCUAGCAUGUGGGCAUGCCUGUAAAGGAAACUGCCAUGCAUGCCAUCAAGGAAAGCUUCACAAACGCUGUUCACAGAAAUGUAACAAAAUCCUUGUUUGUGGUCAUGAGUGUACAAACACUUGCUCUAAUUGUCCACCAUGUGAAAAGGAGUGUGAGAAUCAGUGUGCACACAGGAAAUGUCCCAAGAAGUGUGGAGAUUUAUGUGAGCCGUGUAUGGCACCUUGUAUCUGGGUCUGUGAACAUCAUCAGUGUACAAAGAAAUGCAGUGAGCCAUGCAACAGGGACCCAUGUAACUACCCAUGCGAGAAACGUCUUCCAUGUGGUCAUCAAUGCAUUGGAAUGUGUGGAGAACUAUGUCCCAGGGCAUGUCGUAUCUGCAAUCAGAGAAUGGUAGCCCAAGUACUAGUGUUAUGUGGGAAAACCAAUAAAGAAGAUGCCAGAUUUGUGAAACUGGAGAAUUGUAGACAUAUUGUUGAGGUUUCAUAUCUUGACCAUUAUAUGAAACGUGAAACUCGCACAGAUGACAAAUUUCUAUCACUUAAGGCAUGCCCAUUUUGUAACACUGUUAUCCGUCAGAACAUGCGGUAUGGCAAGCUCAUCAAAGAGCGACUGCAAGACAUUAAAGAUGUGAAACGAUGCAUUUUGAAAAACCAGAAUAGCAUCAGACAGCUUCAGUUUGAGGUUCGAUUUAGCAUUCAAGUUCACAUCAGUACCAAAGAACACCGUGAAAAACAGGAGAUGUAUCUUCGUGGUUAUAAUGAAAGCGUGGCAGGUCUCACAACCAUUUUAAACCAGCUUGAAUUUUUAAAGAAAAUCGAGAAAUUGAUUCGUCAAUUCAGUUUAGUUACAGCGACGAAGACCUCGUUGAAAUCAAAAGUGGCUGUUCACCUUGCUGCUUUAGAACAAUUUCGUCAGUGGAUACUGAACAAAAAGACAUAUGCUUUGAGUGAGCAAGAGAUUUGUGAUGCCCAAAGGGAGCUAGAACGCUAUACAGCAGCUCUGGGAAUGAUUAAAAUAGAAAAAGCUCUUUUGGACAAAAACAUUAAGCUAGAUUCACUUCUUGAAGUACGAUUCCAGAGAGUAUUACAGUAUGUAGCUGGCAGAUACCCGUUCACACCACAGAGGCAUCAAUUUGUGAAGGCGGUUGUAGAAAAAAUAAAGAAUCUUGCUCCAGACUCCAUGAAGGAAGUCAGUGACACUGAAAGGGUUUCCAUACUGAAGGCGUUGGAUCUGUCUGUUGGACAUUGGUUUAAAUGCAAACAUGGUCACAUUUAUUCCACUGGCGAACGAGUUGAAGCUGUAACAUUUAGAUGUCCUGAGUGUUGUAAAACCCAAAACACAAGAAGUGAUCGCUUGGUGGCCGACAGUGCUCUUGCAUCAGAUGUGGGUGGCGCUAGACGUGAUACCUCGUGGGAAUAUUCCAACAUGAGUAACUUCGUACUCGACGACCUACUUACUUUAUAGUUUAAAAAAGUAAUAAUUAGGACUUUAAUACCACAACUUACCAUCACGUUUGUUAAAGUGAAGAUGGUGGCAGUGGAGAUGAGGGUGACGAUGAUGAUGAUGAUGAUGAUGAUGAUGAUAUAAUUCAUUUCAGUACCUGGUUUGUUCAGUGAAUACCUUGUUUGCUCAGUGAAUACCUUGUUUGUCAGUGCAUACCUUGUGAAUACCUUGUUUGUUCAGUGAAUACCUUGUUUGUUCAGUGCAUAGAUGAAUGGAUUAGAAGCUAUUCGUACUGAGUAGCAACAAGGGACUUGUAUUUAUAAUAAUAUAUGUACUUACUCAUGUAACACAGUGUGUUGUAUGCAAGUUUUGUUUUAAUGUCUAAUUGGUGUCAUUAAAUGUGUUCAUGGACAAGAAAGGAUAUUUGUUUAAGAACAUUAUUUAAGCACGUUAUUUAAUCAGCAACUCUUUGGUGUCUAAAAUAUACAGUAAUUUAUAGGUGAAUUUUCCAUGCCCACAGGAGCAAUAUCUAAAGUGGAGGAAUGCACAAGCUGUAGUUUUGAUUGAUGGAUUUGGGGGGGGGGGGGGGGGGGGGGGGGGGGAGCACAAGCAAGGGCUAGAAUUUGUAUUGUAGAAGAACAACCACCCAGUUAUAAGAUCAAUACUUAUAGUAAAACUACUCCGGUACUACGACCACCUGUCUAUUAGAGAUUACAACAAGUAAAAUCAGACCCGAUGGUCGUUUUCAGUACAUUGUCAGCCCACAAAUGCGACCGCAGAAUGAGAUCUAUCACACAGACGACCAUUAUCAUGUUGUAAUAGAAGUACAUGUACAAGCAACCAAAUAGUUGAAUGAAUUUUUUUGUUAUUAUUAUUUUUUUUAGCUGGAAGUACAUAGGUAUUAUUUUUUUCAGGUAUGUACCAGGAAGCAGUUCGUCCACAAAGCAGUCAUUUUAUUGUAUAACUUGCCCUAAACAAUGUUGAAAAGUAGCAGUUGUGUAAUAUAAUGGAAUAAUGCGCUUAAAACGUUUCAUCAAGUUUCAAAGCAAAUGCCAUACCAUACUUCAUGUUCAUCAGAAACUGGCAAGAGCAAAUGCCAUACCAUACUUCAUGUUCAUCAGAAACUGGCUAGAGUAAAUGCCAUACCAUACUUCAUGUUCAUCAGAAACUGGCAAGAGCAAAUGCCAUACCAUACUGCACGUUCAUCAGAAAUUGGCAAGAGCAAAUGCCAUACCAUACUUCGUGUUCAUCAGAAACUGGCAAGAACAAAUGCCAUACCAUACUUCAUGUUCAUCAGAAACUGACAAGAGCCACGUUACGCGGGAAGUGACACAUUUGCAUUACCUUUGCGGUAGUUGACAUCCUAAAACCACUAGAAAGUAGUGUUUCUCGAGACUUAAUCUUUAUUGUGUAAUAAUUAAGGAAAUAACUGGCCCAAGCUGACAAAUAUCUGAAGUAGGCUUGUCUCUUGAUGUUUCUUGCAGUUCUUUGUAAACACCAAUUCACCGUCACUACCUAUUACUUUUAUUAGUCUAGAAGAUUUUGACAACAUGCAGAAUGAUACACAUCAAUAAAUAUUGCAUAUUUAUAUUGAAAUAUUUUACAACAUAUUACUUGUUUAUACUGGAAUAUUUAUGAACAUAUUACAUUUUAUAUUGAAAUAUUUGUCAACAAAUGACACAUUAAAACUGGAAUAUUUGUCAAUAUAUAAUUACAUGUCCAUGGUGGAAUAUUUGCCAGUG